AUGAAAUUCAUCUCGUGUCUUUUGGCCGUUGUUGCCCUCGUGGCGGUGGUGAGCAGCGCCCCCGUUGAGCACGGUUUAAAGCGAGUAGAGCGACAGGUAGGCGGAUUCGGAGGCUCGGGAUCGGCGGCUAAUGCUGGGGCGCAAUCCUUCAACCAGGGCUUCGGCCAUGGCUUCCCGGGACAUGGGGGAUUCGGUGGAUUUUCGGGAUCGGCUGCGUCGGCCGGAAGCCAAUCGUUCACACAGGGCGGUGGCCAUGGAUUCGGUGGUCUGUCCGGAUCGGCUGCUAAUGCUGGUGCUCAGUCCUUCUCUCAGGGUGCUGGCGGAUUCCCAGGAUUCGGUGGUGGCAGCGGAUCUGCCGCCGGUGCCGGUUCCCAAUCGUUCGGAGGAUAA